AUGGCUCCAGGUCAAAGUCGCAGUGUCUUCGUGGGCAACAUCCCAUUCAAUUUGAGCGAGGAAUACAUUGUCAAGAUACUCAACUAUGCAGGCACAGUCGUCAAAUUUCGCUUGAUGACCAACCCGGACACUGGUAAAUCGAAGGGAUUUGGUUUCGCAGAUUUCCAAGACGCCGAUUCUGCCGCCAACGCGGUCCGGAAUUUGAACGACUUUGAAAUUGAGGGACGCAAAAUACGAGUGGACUGGCCGCACAACAACGAGAAAGAUUCAGUACCCGCAAACUAUGAUCAGACAAGUGCUGCAGUUGCAGAUGGGUUCCAACCGUCCGGGCCAAAUGCGCUUCCUCCUCUGCCACCUGGCGUUGAUCUGCCCCCAAACCUCAGGGCCACAGAUGCCAUUUCACAAACGCUGUCAAAUCUCUCCCCUCCUCAGCUUCUCGAUGUGCUCACACAAAUGAAGGCGUUGGCCAUUUCGGACCCUGCAAGAGCAACGUCCCUUCUCAAGACCGCUCCACAACUUUCCUUCGCCAUAUUUCAAGCGCUGAUCUUGAUGAAUCUGGUGGACCCGAAGGUCCUGGCCCAGGUUGUCGAGCAAGCUGCGAGACCACCCCAGCCGGCUGCUAUCCCUCCUCCGCAGCCUACACCUCAGCAGUAUCCUCCACCCAUGGUGCCAGGUCAAGUGCCGGCUAGACCGCCGCCACCACCUCAGCAGUAUGCCCCUCCGCCAGUACAGCAGCAGCCUCCACCACAAGCACAAGCACAACUAUCUCAGCAGGAGAUGAUUCAGCAGAUUCUAGCUAUGGAUCAGCGGACAAUUGACUCGUUCUCGCCUACCGAGCGCGCGCAGAUCAUGCAAAUUCGAGCACAAAUGGGAGUGAGAUGA